AUGGGUCUUGAGGGUGGUAUCUGGGUGCCAGUUUGGGUUGGGAGAUGCUCUUAUUUCUCUGGUUUGUCCUUGAAGCUGCUGUCUCUGGGAAUGCCCUGGGUGUACCCAUACAUGAGUACGAGCAUACAUGUGCUGCUUCCCGUCGGUUCCGCAAUUUCGGGCGCAAAUAAAGACUUUCUGGCAUUUAGUGGAAAGAGCCUAGUUGAGCACGAUCCGCAGAAGCGGAAUCAGGUGCCUUUCGGGUGGGCAGCGGGAUCCGAGGGCCAAAUCCCGAGGUCUUGGCGAGGAAGCAGCUGCCCUCCGCCAGGCAUCGAGGAGCGAGCUGCAGCCGCGUUUCUCUCGCGGCGCCGCAGCCGAACCGGGCGGCCGGGAAGGAAGAAGCAAUUCAGGUGUUUCAACUUUUCCAACGCGUUCCCCAAGCUCCCUGCUUUCGGGGGUCGGUCCCCUCGGCGGGCGCCAGCCCGUGGCGGCCCCAGGGGCCGCAGCCGGGAACCCAGGGCCCCCGAGGCCAGAUGUUCGGGCAGCUGCGGCUGCGGCGGCGGGGCGAGCAGAGGGGCGGCUGCGGGCUGUGGGCUCAUGGGCUCGGGCGGCGCGCGUCCCGACGCUGGGCGGCGGCAGCGGGAAGGGGGCCGGGAGCUUCCCGGCCCGCGACGGACUCCGCUGGGGGGCGGGCGGCCGGUGCCCGCCGCGGCCGGGGGCCCCCGCGCGGGCAAACUUCGCUCCCGGGCUCGGCCCGGCGCCGCGCGGGCCCGCAGGCUACGCCGCUGGCUCUGCGUUAACAUGGCCGUCGCGGAGCGCCCGGCGGGCCGUGAUGCUAAAGGUGACCCGAAGAAACCAAAGGGCAAGAUGUCUGCUUAUGCCUUCUUUGUGCAGACGUGCAGGGAAGAACAUAAGAAGAAAAACCCAGAGGUCCCUGUCAAUUUUGCAGAAUUUUCCAAGAAGUGCUCUGAGAGGUGGAAGACGAUGUCCGGGAAAGAGAAAUCUAAAUUUGAUGAAAUGGCAAAGGCAGAUAAAGUGCGCUAUGAUCGGGAAAUGAAGGAUUAUGGACCAGCUAAGGGAGGCAAGAAGAAGAAGGAUCCUAAUGCUCCCAAAAGGCCACCGUCUGGAUUCUUCCUGUUCUGUUCAGAAUUCCGUCCCAAGAUCAAAUCCACAAACCCCGGCAUCUCUAUUGGAGAUGUGGCAAAAAAGCUGGGUGAGAUGUGGAAUAAUUUAAAUGACAGUGAAAAGCAGCCUUACAUCACUAAGGCAGCAAAGCUGAAGGAGAAGUAUGAGAAGGAUGUUGCUGACUAUAAGUCAAAAGGAAAGUUUGAUGGUGCAAAGGGUCCUGCUAAAGUUGCCCGGAAAAAGGUGGAAGAGGAAGAUGAAGAAGAGGAGGAGGAAGAAGAGGAGGAGGAGGAGGAGGAGGAUGAAUAAAGAAACUGUUUAUCUGUCUCCUUGUGAAUACUUAGAGUAGGGGAGCGCCGUAAUUGACUCAUCUCUUAUUUGAGAAGUGUCUGUUGCCCUCAUUAGGUUUAAUUACAAAAUUUGAUCACGAUCAUAUUGUAGUCUCUCAAAGUGCUCUAGAAAUUGUCAUUGGUUUACAUGAAGUGGCCAUGGGUGUCUGGAGCACCCUGAAACUGUAUCAAAGUUGUACAUAUUUCCAAACAUUUUUAAAAUGAAAAGGCCCUCUUCGUGUUCUCCUCACUCUGUGCACUUUGCUGUGGGUGUGACAAGGCAUUUAAAGAUGCUUCUGGCUUUUGUUUUUUAAUUUGUAAGGUGGUGUUAACUAUGGUUAUUGGCUAGAAAUCCUGAGUUUUCAACUGUAUAUAUCUAUAGUUUGUAAAAAGAACAAAACAACCGAGACAAACUCUUGAUGCUCCUUGCUCGGCGUUGAGGCUGUGGGGAAGAUGCCUUUUGGAGGGGCUGUAGCUCAGGGCGUGCACUGUGAGGCUGGACCUGUUGACUCUGCAGGGGCAUCCAUUUAGCUUCAGGUUGUCUUGUUUCUGUAUAUAGUGACAUAGCAUUCUGCUGCCAUCUUAGCUGUGGACAGAGAGGUCAGCUGGCAUGAGAAUUUUUUUUUUAAGUGCGGUAGUUUUUAAACUGUUUGUUUUUAAACAAACUGUAGAACUCUUCAUUGUCAGCAAAGCAAAGAGCCACUGCAUCAAUGAAAGUUCAAGAACCUCCUGUACUUAAACAUGAUUUGCAACAUUCUGUUAUUUUUUUUUGUAUGUUUAGAAUGCUGAAAUGUUUUUGAAGUUAAAUAAACAGUAUUACAUUUUUAAAACUGUUCUCUAUAACAGUCAAUUUCUGACUCAGCAGUGAACAAACCCCCAUUCCAUUGUAUUUGGAGACUGGCCUCCCUAUAAAUGUGGUAGCUUCUUUUAUUAUUCAGUGGCCAGCUCACUUAGGGCUGAGAUGGAGAGGGCUACUUGAAGCUGCUGUGUGGUUUUGUUUGUGUCUGAGUGGCAUUCAGAUGAAGUCUGGAGGAGCUAAGAAAAGGACAUAGGCAAGGGUCAGUAGCCUUCCAAGGUAUAGGAAGGUGGGUGAUUAGGACUAAGGCUAUCUAGGUUUAACUGUUGUCCCACCUCUACCCCCUAUUUUGUGGGGCCAAAUGUAUUGCUAAACAGCAAUUUCAGAGUGUAUGGUGUGUCAAAAAUUCAGGCCUGAUUUUUUUUUUCUCGUUCACCCCUAUUCCCCCCCCCCCCCCCGCCCCGUGCUCCUGGCACAUACCACAUUAUUUGUGGUGCCCAACAUUUGGGAUCUUGAGCCUGCUGCUGGUCUCCUGGAUGCCAGUGAGGGUAUGUGGGAUGGGGUGGUGGGGUAGGGGACAGUAUCCAUUUUUUUGCUCCUACUUUACUCCUUCAAAACACCAAACACCCCAGGGAAGAUUACAGGCUCCAUCUUGGGCCACCUGAGCUAUGGGGCAGGCUAAUGGAAUCAAACAUUUCUAAGCACUAAAUGUAUCAUGAAAAGUUGAAUGGCCUACUCAUAAAGUUUAGCUCAUUCACUGGAAAUGUAGAUUGAUGUUCAAUGUUAAACUGGAAGAAGCUUGGUUUGUGUGUCAGUAGAUAUAUUAGUGGGUAGUGUAACAUUUUAUCCAGGUUGGGGUGCGGGGAGAUGGCCACAGUAGCAAGCGGUGACACUACCAUUUUGAAGGCUGGUAUGUAUGUACAUCAUUACUGUCUGUAGCAAUGAAAGAUACAGUACUGUGUUGUGGGUGAGUGUUGCUAUUGCCCAGCAUUAAUAUUUGGGUGUGUAUGUUUGAGGCUAUGAGACACGCAGGAGUGUUUUUGUGGUAUUAAUUUUAAGAGAAAGCAGCUUUUUCUUAAAAUUCACUGUUCAGAAACUUGCAUGUCUGGAGGCGGUGUCCUCUCCACCCUGUCGGGUCCUGGAUGAGUACAAGUUAUGGUCAUGGUCACAGCCUGAUAUCUAUGUAUUCAUAGCCAUUCCCUCUCCCAUCAGAACUGUUUGUCCUGAAUGUGUGCUCUAGUUCUAGAAAAUGACCACUAAUUUAAAAAACUCGGUUGUGAGGUUUGCCCAGAAGCGCUUGCUCCAGAAUUGCCCCUCCUGCUUCAGCCAUGUCCUUGUCACUUGGCAUUCUAAGCUAAAGCUUUAGCUUCCCAAUUCAUGAUGUGCUAGGCCAAGAUUCGGGAGCUGUUGCCAGCCUUGUCAAAUAUGGAAGAGAAACAACCUGUAGUCAAAAGGGAGUGAUUUGUUAAGUGGUGCCUGUCUAUCUCGUAUCUAGAUGUACCAAGCAGGGAAGGGCAAAGGAUGGAAAGGGGUAACUUUUGUGCUUCCAAAGUAGCUAAGCAGAAGUGGGGAAGCAGUUUGGCCAAAUGAUCUUUGAUUAGGCAAACAUUGAGUUUUAAAGAGGCCAUCAAGUUUAGGCCACUUGGUCCAUUAGCUGAUGCAGCAAGAUCACUACUCAACGUUUUCACACUGUCACAAGAUUGCUCCUCUAAUGGAAUAAUGCCCUAGUUUCUCUGAGAUGCGGUAAGUGGUAUGAUGUUACCUAAGGCUUAGGCUUAGCUUGAUUUCUGGGCCCACUAUAUGUGUUCUUAAGAUGCCAACCUGUUGCUUUUUUUUUUUUUUUCUCCAUUUAAAAGGAUAGUACCUACUCCCUCUAACCACCUCACCCCAUUCUUGAAUGACGUUUUAUCCUUCGGAAAGAACAAGGCUGUGAUGUAGUGACUAUUGUCUGUGUCUCUGUGUGUCUGUUCUUGUCACAAAUGUAUUUGGGGACGUUGGAUGCAUUCAUUUUCUGUAAUAAAGUUUCUUAAUCACUCUUCCCAAAAAGUAA